AUGGCGCUCUUGUCGUCCUUGCUUUUACUAACAUCUCAAUGUUCAACAGCCCCUCCACCUCCCCCCAUUCUCGCCAGCACGCAAGACCUGCUCGCACGAUUCAAUCUGCUGCCGGCAUACGACAAGUAUGUACGGCCAUACUCAGCACCGUUAUCAACGCCUGGGCCCUCGUCGGGUGAUACGCCGAUGGCGGUGGACAAGGGAAAGGGGAAAGACAGGGACGCCACACCAGGCGAUCUGGACGAUGAAGAUGGUCGGGGUGAGAAGAAGAAAAAGAAUAGCUACAAAUACUUGAUAAAGGGUGUACCAGGGAAGCACUCGAUGAAGAAGGAUGACUAUCUCACAACGAUGAUGCAGGUACCGCCAAAACAGCGGAUACCAAUCACACCGUUUGACAAUCGAACCCAAAGAGAGGCGUUCAACAUGAGUUUGGAGGGACUCAAGGGCUGGAAUAUCGCCACACUCGUACUUGAGUCCGCUCAAGCUCGUGAAGACCGAAAAAAACGGAAGGAACUUAAAAAGCUAGCCAAAGCACAAGCACUAACGGGCGGGUCACAAGGAUUACCAUCCACACCACAAGCGCAACCAUCACAAGCGCAAUUUUCAGCCCAACAACAUACGCAGCCUUCCUCACAAGCACCUUCAUCUCAGCCACAUCCACCAAUACACGCCCAACCUUCCCAAACGCAAGGUCCGACCCAAAAUCGCGCCAGGCCGCCUCCUGUACAGAUACCACCUGCCGCGACAGGCCCCCAAUCAGCUCGAAGCUCGACGCCCACCAGCGCAGUGGCGAAAAGCGCGAGGCCGGGUGGUAUGGGCUCAAUGGCAGCGGUAGGGGGAGCGAGGAGUGCCACGCCUCUACUCGCUAGUAGUGGCGGUGGCGGACGCGGAAAGAAGCGAGAGCACGAGGAAGGAGGUGGAGUGGUGGGGCAGGGACCUGGCAGUGUGGGUACGGGCGUGGGAACAGGAGUAGCAGUGGGGAUACCGGGGAAUGGCAGUGUGCCGCCUGUAAUAGGUGCAAAGCCUGGUUCUGGGGGCGUACGACCGAGACCUGUGAAGAAACAGAGGAUGGAUCUGCAAGGCCAGGCGAGGGAUAUGCCCAUACAGCAGCAGCCAACGCCGCAGGGUGUGUGAUGGCACUGAAUCUAUGUGAUGGCUGUACAAGGCGGGGCGGUUGCGGCAUCGGUAACAUUGUCCUUUUUGCGGUCUGGCUGCUGCAACAUGGUGAUAUUAGAGAGCAUGAAAGCAGUAUUCAGCUGAAUUUUCAAUCUCUAGUUCUUGAUCCAUCACAUACAUUACUGUUUUUUCCUAGUUUUUAUCUAGCAUCUUGCGACACCUAUCUGCGUUGACAAUGCUCGCUGCAGUAAUCAUCUUGAUGCCGCCUCACCAUGUUGCCGUGUAGAUUAUUACGAGCGAGGAAUCUAACCAAGUUUGUGCGGUUUGGUCCACCCCCCGGUGACUUUCCACAUACGUCAUAUCCCG